AUGACGGAAUUGUCGUUUGCAAAGUCUUUCCUUACGACAUUAGACUCGAGGCCAAAUAAGAUCAGCGCCGAACAUGUCGAAGAUCCCAAGACGUAUCCAGCUCGCGGCGCUAUAAUUCUCCCAAAAUCUACUGGCCCCCCCUUGAUUCCACGAACUACUGCGUCGACUCUCUCAGCCACGUCAACAUUUCCAGUUAUACUGAAAUCAUUGCGUAACCCUCCACUCGAAAUCACCAUCGCUUCGGCGGACUUAAACACCUCCAUCCUAACUCUCAAAGAGAGCCUGUCAUCUCAAGCUUCGAUCCCUGUGAAAGCUUUACGGAUACUGCACAGCAAGAAACCAGUACCCGAUAGUAAAGUACUCAAGGAUAUCCUAGGGGCGGAACACAAAGGGUCUGUAGAGCUAGGAGUUAUGGUUAUUGGCGGGGCAGCUGCUGUAGAGAAGAAGGAUGAUCCGGCUGAUAAAAUGGAUGUCGAAAUUGGUAUUGGACAUGGAGACGAGAUCUUGAAGACCGAAGAGUUCUGGGCAGACCUACGUGGCUUCUUGGUCCAGAGGUUGAAGGACGAAGCUCAGGGGGAUAGACUGGUAAAAGCAUUUAGAGCCGUUGUAUAA